UUAUCCCACCACACCACCGCCGCCCAGCAAUGGCCGACGCCCGCGCCCUGUUGCGCCAGCAGCGUGCAGCGCGCCAGCAGGCCCAGAAGCCCCAGAAGCCGUCGCCCGCUCCCGCCGCCGCUCCCUCCUCCAAGAAGCGCAAGGCCCCCGACGACGCCGGCGACGAGAGGAAGCGCACGCGGACCGAGGACGAGGCGGGCGUGCCUGCAGGCUUCUUCGAUGCGGGCGCGACGCCGGACGCCCAACAAGUCGCGCCUCUGCCCGCCGACGAGAGCGCACCGGCACCGGCAGCAGCACCACCACCACCACCAACAACAGACACCGAGCCCCCAGAGCCAGCCGCACCCGCGAACCCGCCGCUCGACGCGGCCGCCCAGGCUGAGCUCGACGCCUUCAUGAACGAAAUGAAGGCCGAGACGGAACCCCCACAGCCCGCCAAGCCUGCCUACUCAGGCGCUGUCAUUGAGGCAGCGCCCAUGACAGCCGCCCAGCUGGCCGCACAGGCGCGAGAAGAGCAGAGUGCCCAGCGGGCCAAGCGGGACGAGGAAAUCGAGGGCGAGAAGGAGGAUGCUGCGCGCGCCCUCGAGGACGAAUUCGAACAGAUGGACGGGCUGGAGGAGAGGGUCAAGAGGCUGCGGGAGCAACGCGAGGCGCUGCGGUCCGUGUCUGGACGGUCAGUCGAGGCGCCCGAGGCAGCGCGUGCGGCUGCUCAGGACGACGACGACGAGGAAAGCGAGUCAGACGACGACGACGACGACGACGACUGGGACGACUGGAGGUUCCGCCCCGCUUAGGCGUUGCUGCUGCGUCAGCACAUGUAUUAUAGUAUAGCAUGCCCCAUUUGUGAUACCCGGGACUGGCGUUCGCAAGCAUUAAUCCAUUCCAGCAGGGCAGCCCCUGUAUGGCUAAUUCCC